CCGGAAGUCCCUGCAUUGCUACUGCCUUGAGACAGUAUCAGCGCAUAAUCUGUAUUGUUUCCGUCCAGCUUCCGCCUUGAUACAAACACAGCAAUGGAGGGCUUAGGAGUGAAAGAUCUCUGCACUCGGGUUAUGUUUCUUCUGAUCAGUUUAUACAUGGUCUGGGGCUUCCAAACCAGCGCCCCUACUCCAGCACCUAUCAGCACACCUUGCAGUGUUUUCUCUGGGAAGUCCUGUGAAGAAUGCCUUAGAAAUGUUUCGUGCCUCUGGUGUAUCACUAAUAACACAUGUCUGGAGUACCCGGUGAGAACCAUUCUGCCGCCGUCCUCUAUCUGUGCCAUGUCAGAUGCCAGAUGGGGUGCUUGCUGGAUAAACUUUGAAGCAUUGAUCAUCGCGAUGUCCGUGAUACUGGGAGUGAUCCUGCUGACCAUUACCCUCUGCUGCUGUUACUGUUGUUACUGCCGGAAAAGUUCAAGCUCAAGAUUUGAUGCUGAAGAAGAAAAUCUAAUUCGGGAACGUGAAAAGAGACAGCAGGAGUCCCUGCAGAGGAAAGUUGAAAGGACUAUAAAACACAAUGAGAUUCGGAAGAAAUACGGUCUCCUGCAAGAUACGGAUCAUCCCUACAGCAAAUACGAAAAUGAAUAAUUGGGGUCCGUGGAAUACCUCACUGUCUCUCCACUAAAGCAUGAACACACAUUUCUUUCUGUAAACCAGAUGUUUGGGUUUAACGAGUCACUUUUUUUUUUUCUCCUUUUUUGUCUUAAACCAUUAUUUCACAUGUAUGCAGUCAUAUUAACAUAACUCAAAGGUUGGUGUUUUUGGUUGAACAUUUUUUUAAUAUCUUGAGUCUAAGAAGUACCACCGAUUAAAAUGUAGACAUAAAAACA